CUGAAAGUGUUCUGGGUCGGGAAUCUUGGACUAAUACUGGUCUUGGUUGCUCAGCUCUUUGGCACUCUCAUGAACGUAACGACUAGGAUGCUAGAGAUCGAGGGCAAUGACGGCAAAGGCUACCAUCCAUUUCAGAUCUUGUUCGCGAGAAUGGGCAUCACGGUCGUGUGCUCGAGUUGGUACAUGUGGUGGGCCCAAACCAAGGAUUUCCCUCUCGGCAUCAGAGAAGUGAGAUGGUUGCUAGUCGCGAGAGGGCUUUUUGGCUUUUUCGGUGUCUUUGGCAUGUACUAUUCGCUGCUCUACCUCCCACUGGCAGAUGCCACCGUCAUUACCUUCCUCGCCCCCUCUCUGGCCUGCUGGGCAUGCUCCUUCCUCAUCAACGAGCCCUUCACCCGCAUGGAGCAAAUUGCAGCCUACGUCUCGCUCUUCGGCGUCGUCCUCAUUGCCCGCCCUGUCACCCUCUUCACCUCCCUCUCCCGCAACAACGAUCCCGUACCCCCCGCCAGCGGCGACUCCGACGUCGAGUUCAUCCCUACAAACGGCACCGAACCCACUCGCGGCUUCGGCUCCUCCUACGACAACGUCACACCCGCGCAACGCGCAUCCGCAGUGGGCAUCGCCAUGCUCGGCGUCAUAGGCGCUGCAGGUGCCUACACCACGAUCCGCUGGAUCGGACGCCGCGCGCAUCCCCUCAUCUCCGUAAACUACUUCGCAACGUGGUGCACGCUCGUCAGCAUCGUCAUGAUGACUGUCCUCCCGGACGUCGGCUUCCUCCUCCCGCAGUCCUGGAUCGACUUCGCAUACCUCAUCUUCCUCGGCGUGUGCGGCUUCAUCAUGCAGUUCCUCCUCGCGGCGGGUCUGCAGUACGAAAAGUCGUCCCGCGCGACCAACAUGGUGUAUGUGCAAAUGCUGUUUGCGCUGUCGUUUGACAAGCUGGUGUUCGGGACGACGCCGAGCGCGCUGAGCAUCGUGGGGUCGAGCCUGAUUCUGGGCAGCGCAAUAUAUGUCGCUACGCACAAG